AUGUUUCGCAACCAAUAUGACAGUGACGUCACAGUGUGGAGCCCACAGGGUCGUCUUCAUCAAGUGGAGUAUGCUAUGGAGGCAGUUAAACUGGGUUCAGCAACAGUUGCACUGAAAAAUAAGCAGUUUGCUGUAUUAAUAGCUCUCAAAAGAGCAGUGAGUGAGCUAUCAGCUUAUCAAAAAAAAAUUAUUCCCAUUGAUGAUCAUAUUGGUAUCUGUAUGUCUGGCCUAACUGCAGAUGCAAGAAUGUUAAGCCGAUACAUGCGCACAGAGUGUCUUAAUUAUCGUUAUGCACAUGAUGCACCAAUGCCAGUUGGCAGACUUAUUGGUAUGGUUGGUAACAAGAUGCAAAUAUGCACUCAGCGAUAUGAUAAAAGACCAUUAGGAGUUGGACUCCUUGUAGCUGGAUAUGAUGACCAAGGGCCGCAUAUAUACCAGACAUGCCCAUCAGCAAAUUUCUUUGACUGCCGUGCAAUGGCUAUUGGUGCUAGAUCUCAGUCAGCAAGGACAUAUCUUGAGAAGCACCUCACUUCAUUCCAUGAUUGUGAUCUGCAGGACUUGGUUGCUCAUGGUCUUAGGGCCUUGAGGGAUACACUGCCCAAUGAAGUUGAUUUAAAUACUAAGAAUGUAUCGAUCGCUAUUGUCGGGCCUAAAACAGUUCUUCGAGUGGCUGAUGAAGCGGAGUUGAGUCGUUUCCUGGCGCUGGUCGAAGGAGAAGAAAGGCGUGGAGGAACAGCCACUGGAGACGCUGCACCUUCGGGGGAAGACCCCCAGGCACAAGUAAGAAUUGCAAUAAUUCAUAUACAACUAAUUGUUUAUAGACUUAAACAAAUAAAUGAGAGCGAAAAUAUUAUGUUUUAA